GCGAGGCGCCGGCGGCCGGUCCAGCUGCCGCGGACCAUGCCCGAGCCCGCCUCCGGGCAGCCGCCGCGCCGCGCCCGGGCCCCGGCCGGGGAGGAUGCCAGACGCCCGGGAGAGGCCAGGGCGGAGGCGGCGACGGCGGCGGCGCGAUGGUGGUGACCGGCUCUGCCCGAGGCGGCGGCGGGGACCGCGCGCCCUCCCGGCGGCGGGGCUGCGGACUCGCGCGGGCCGGGGCCGCGGCGCUGCUGGCCGGGGCGAGCUGCCUGUGCUACGGCCGCUCCCUGCGGGGCGAGUUCGUGCACGACGACGUGUGGGCGAUCGUCCACAACCCCGACGUGCGGCCCGGCGCCCCGCUGCGCUGGGGCAUCUUCGCCAACGACUUCUGGGGCAAGGGCAUGGCCGAGAACACCAGCCACAAGUCCUACCGGCCGCUCUGCGUCCUCACCUUCAAGCUGAACAUCUUUUUGACUGGCAUGAACCCGUUCUACUUCCAUGCAGUGAAUGUCAUUUUACACUGCCUAGUGACCCUUAUGCUGAUGUACACCUGUGACAAAACUGUCUUUAGGAAUCGUGGACUUGCUUUUGUUACGGCGCUGCUUUUUGCUGUGCAUCCUGUUCACACAGAGGCGGUGGCUGGAAUUGUUGGCAGAGCUGAUGUGCUGGCAUGCCUGCUGUUUCUGUUGGCCUUUCUCUCCUACAAUAGGAGUGUGGACCAGUGUUGUGCUGGGGAAUGCUUCCCUCCCACGGCUUCUCCCUUCUUCCUGCUGCUCAGUCUCUUUCUGGGGACCUGCGCGAUGCUGGUGAAAGAGACGGGCAUCACGGUGUUCGGCGUGUGCUUGGUUUACGAUCUCUUUUCUUUAUCCCACAAUCAUGAUAAAUCGAGCAAUGGGGUGGUCCGUCAGCGCAGCGCUCAGCAGCCUGCGAGCUUCCCGCCCACCGCACCGCCAGCGCACCCUCCUCGGGAGAAUGGGAAGCAGCCGCGGUUCCCUCACAAAGGAGCUUGGGGUGGCUGUCACGCUGCACUGCCACCCGAACCCAAGAGCGGUGGAUUCCCUGUGUCUCCUCGAGCUGUGUGGUCCUUGAUGAGGUAUCUGACUGCAAGCAGCAAUAGAAACUUCCUGCUUUCCAUGAGGCCCUUCUUAAAAAGGGCCAUUUUGGUCAUAAGUUAUGUGGUUGUUGUUCUGUACUUCCGUUUGUGGAUAAUGGGAGGAUCUAUGCCCCUCUUCUCAGAGCAGGAUAAUCCAGCUUCAUUUUCGCCUUACAUUCUUACAAGAUUCCUUACGUAUUCCUACCUCCUGGCCUUCAACGUGUGGCUUCUGCUUGCACCUGUUACCCUGUGCUAUGACUGGCAGGUGGGCAGUAUUCCUCUGGUAGAGACCAUAUGGGACGCUCGGAACUUAGCCACCGUCCUUCUGGCAGUCGUGAUGGCCUUACUGAGCCUUCAUUGUUUAGCAGCCUUCAAGAGACUGGAGCACAGGGAAGUUUUGGUGGGCUUGUUGUUCCUGGUUUUCCCGUUCAUCCCAGCCAGCAACCUCUUCUUCAGGGUGGGUUUCGUGGUGGCCGAGAGAGUCCUAUACAUGCCUAGCAUGGGCUACUGCAUCCUCGUCGUGCACGGACUGAGCAAACUGUGCGCGUGGGGGAAUCGCUGUGGGGCCACCACCCUGAGCGCGUCCACUGUGCUGCUGCUGCUGCUUUUCUCCUGGAAAACCGUGAAACACAAUGAAGUUUGGCUGUCGAGAGAGUCCCUGUUCAGGUCUGGAGUUCAGACUCUGCCCCACAAUGCCAAGGUUCACUACAACUACGCCAAUUUCCUGAAGGACCAGGGUCGGAACAGGGAAGCCAUCUACCACUACCGAACGGCCCUCAAGUUGUAUCCACGCCAUGCAAGUGCCCUGAACAACCUUGGAACACUAACCAGAGACACAGCAGAGGCCAAGAUGUACUAUCAGAGGGCUCUUCAGCUAAAUCCACAGCACAACCGGGCUCUUUUCAAUCUCGGGAAUCUCCUUAAGUCUCAGGAGAAAAAGGAAGAGGCUAUCACCUUCCUGAAGGAUUCCAUUAAAUACGGGCCAGAGUUCGCAGAUGCGUAUUCAAGCUUAGCGUCGUUAUUGGCUGAGCAGGAGAGAUUUAAGGAAGCUGAGGAAAUAUACCAGGCUGGAGUAAAGAACUGCCCAGAUAGCGCAGACUUACACAACAACUAUGGAGUUUUCUUGGUUGAUACUGGCUCUCCAGAGAAGGCGGUGGCCCAUUACCAACAGGCCAUCAAACUCAGCGCAAGCCAUCAUGUGGCCAUGGUGAACCUGGGGAGACUCUACAGGUCAUUGGGAGACAACAGUGUGGCUGAAGAAUGGUACAAACGCGCCCUGCAGGUGGCACGCAAAGCUGAGAUAUUAUCACCGUUGGGAGCUCUCUAUUACAACACGGGCAGAUACGAAGAGGCUUUGCAGAUUUACCGGGAAGCCGUGGCCCUGCAGCCGUCCCAAAGGGAACUCCGCCUGGCACUGGUGCGUAGACAGAUAAAAGAAGGAAGAUGGAGCAGGGAACAGGCUCAGGUUUUGGCCGUGAUGGGUCAGACAAAAGAAGCUGAAAAGAUGACCAAUGACAUUGUGUCAGAGGAGACCGGCUGCCUGGAAUGCUAUCGCCUGUUGUCCGCCAUCCACAGCAAGAGGGAGCAGCACGACAAGGCACUUGAUGCUAUCGACAAGGCUCUCAAGCUGAAACCAAAGGACCCGAAAGUUAUAUCUGAACUUUUCUUCACAAAAGGAAAUCAACUAAGAGAGCAGAACCUUCUUGACAAAGCUUUUGAGAGCUACAAAGCAGCUGUGGAACUAAAUCCAGAUCAAGCACAGGCCUGGAUGAACAUGGGUGGAAUCCAGCACAUCAAGGGAAACUACGUGUCUGCAAGAGCUUAUUACGAGAGAGCCUUACAGCUGGUUCCAGACAGCAAACUGCUGCAGGAAAACCUCGCCAAAUUGGAUCGCCUAGAAAAAAGGUUACAAGAAGUUCGAGAAAAGGAUCAAACAUAGCAGCAUUUGACCCGGUCUCUAGGGACAGUGCUGGUGCCUUUGGAAGAGGAUGAAGUGUGACAGAAGCCUCGCUGUCACAUCACUUGGGGCACAACCAAUGAAGUUUUCCUCUCACCCCGGGUUCAGGGUGGCACAUUUUGGGACACCUGCUGGGAACCCUGUGCUGGGGACUCGCAUUUCCAUGGAAGAAGACAAAAAGAGUGAGCAAGGGCUAGGAGGCCUGAGAGGGAAGGAAAACAGCAACUACAUGUUGUACAGAUUUUUGAUUGCUUUAAUUCCGGAUUUCCUUUCAUACAUUUGUCCGCUUUUCCAACCUGGGAAUCUAAUUCCAUUUCCUAAGGUAGACAUUUGUGUCCCAGAAAUAGAGGCUUGAAAUGCUAUGAGGGCAUGGCAUCUCUUCUUUAUGAGAGGAGAUAUUUCAGAGAGGAUACAUCCUCUGGGAUAAACCAGUUGGGAAAUUCUGCCAGGAGGUAGCUGAUUUAAUUCUCCAGAACUAGAAUUGAGUAUCUAAUAGUUUUUGUUAAAUCUUCUGGAAUAUAUGGGGAAAGGGGCUAUUGUUAAGCCAGCUUUAUCUAAUAUCCUCUGAGGAUAUUGCUAGAGCCCUGUUGAGAAGUAAAUUAAUUUCCACUCUGACACAAGCUGUUUUCCCAUUGUCUGCUAUAUCUAAAGGAAGCUUCUGGAAUUAUAUGUGGAUAUUAUUCCUAGGGGAAAGCCAAGGAUCUUGGUAUCCCUGAUUCUUUAUGGAAAUGUUUUAAAUUAUUUUAAUUUUAUUGCAAGUAUUACCAGAGUGGUGGUUCUGCUCUAAGAUUUCAUAAGUGCUUUUGAAAAUCAUAAAUGUUUCCGCCUCCAAAUAUAUUAGUAUUUUGGUGGAGAAAAAAUAGUAUAUUCUACAGGAGAAAUAUUAAAGAUAUUGAGAGAAAUGUUCUACUUUAUUAUCUUAGCAUUCAGAUGUUCUGAGAUUAUUAUUUUUUGAAAAUAUAUUUAACCAUUGAGGAAUCUUUACAGUAUACUACAGAAAUCUUCAUAGAGUCUAAAUAGACAGGAAGGAGCUCUAUCGGUUUGUCUUUCUAGGCUUAAUGAGAAUUCUGUGCUUAAAACAUGAAUGAUAGAACCUGCAGUUCUUGGUUCUGUAUUUGUAAUUUUGGAGGUUUCAUGGAGAAUGCUCAAAAAGCUAGGAAAGAAAGUCUAAAUUCAUAAUUUAAAAAUAUAUAUAUUUAUAUUUAAAAGCUAGGGAUGGCAAAGUUGAACUUACAAUUUGACAUUUGUAUUUUAGUGUUAUUUAUUUCAUAACUUAUAAAAUAUUUAAUAUAUACACACUUUUUUCUCUAGACGUAGUGCUUUUAAUAGCAGCUUUCACAACUGAUCAUACAAAAAUUAUAAAUUACAAAGUAGUUACGUUUUAACAGCCCCUCAAAAAAUUUGUCUUGACUAUUCACUUGCUACAGCUAAAGAAAUUAGGAAUCAGCCUUCAGUGUUUGGGUGGGACUAUAUUUUGGAAUUGAAGAAAUUGGAAUAUGUGAUUCUAAUUUGGUUUUGGGCAGUGCUGUUCCUGGUGCUAGGCCAGGUGUCGGACACGUGUAGUAGCCUGAAGGCCCACGUAUGUCACAUGCUCAGGCCACAGCAAGAAGCCUUCUGCUUCCUUUCCACCCCAGUAUCAGAGAGCACUGCUUCUCUCUGUUGUUAAUACUAUUUUUUUGUCAAGGUAAAUCUAGAUAAAAGGAAGAAAAACUUCUUUGGAAAGGGAUGAUGCCAGGAAUAUUUUAAAUGCAAAGGAUUACAGAAUUUGAAUUAGCAUACCUCUGUUUGCAUGUAUCAGUAAUCCAGUGAUGUAUAUAUUACCACUGCGAUCUUCCAUUUCUAAUAGUCUUUUAAUGUUUUAUAUCAUAAAUGUAUCCAAAAUUUCAUGUAAAAUAUUUUUCUUCCCUCUGCAAAAUUACACUUCUAUAGUUCUAAGAUCAAGAAAUGUAUUUAUUGUAAAAUAACUACUCCAUCCCAAAAUGAAAAACAUGAAGCCCUAGUUAAAAAUGUGUGGGACUUUAAUUACAACUUUUUAGAAUAAUUUGUAACAAAAACUCAUACUUAGAAAGUUAAUGGAAAAGAUUCAUUCCCAAAUUUUGAAAAGCAAUUAUGCCUUACUUGAAGGGCUGCUGAAGAUAGGAGAGUACAUUUGUUGCAAUAAUUGAAAUGGCUGUUACAGCCUAAAAGUUGCUAAGAGAAAAGGGUCACAUGGCUUUCAGGAGACCUUUUCUGCCUUCUUUUGGGUGCUUUCUCUCUGUCUCUCUCUCCCCGUCUCUCUCCUCUUCUCUCUCCCCCGUCCCUUCUAUGUCUCUCUCUCCUUCCCUCUCUCUGUCUUUCUCAUUCUGUCUCAUUCUGUCUGCACACACUGGCAUCUCUUUGAACAUUAAAAGUACUGUUUGUUGGAUCAGAUGUUUCUGUCCUGAGUUAAUACUGUCACUUAGAUGUGGCCAAUGAAAUAGUUUUCAUUGUUGAGUGGUGCCUAUAAGAAAAUAAAUCACAUAUUAUUUUUCAAAGAUAUUAAGGGUAUUUUAUAACUAUUUUUAUUUGUCCUUGUAACAGGAAAUAAUAUGUGGAAUUCAUCCUUAUCAAAAUAAAAAUGGGGGGCCCUGGCUGGUGGUGGAGAUGCACCCAGGUUCCCUUUAACAAAAGCAUGCUUGGCUGUGAGUCGACAGCCCCUUUCUGAGAUGGAAUUGCAGGGCCAGCUUCCUGGAUGUGCAGUCUCUGCAGACCCCUGGGGUCCUACACUCAGAAGCACCUUGUGUUUGGUUGAAUGCUCUGCUUGAAAUUCUUAGUAAUUUUUGAAUAAGGGGUCCUGCACCUCCAUGUUGCACUGGGUCAUGGGUAAGAGGGAAGGUGGCUGAGGAGAAGCCAGGAGUUGCUUCAGUCUAGCUGAACACCUGCUCUAAUGAGCAGAGUUCCAUUUGUGGCUGUUACCCUGAGCAGCAUUGGCUGUUUCGUCUCAGCUACACUUAAGAGUUCCUUGUGUACAUAUAUUCCCCUCCUGUUGCUAGUCUAUCUAUCCUGUCCUUCUGUCCGACCUAGAACCAGUUCUCCUUGCCUUCAAAUUCUCCAGUAAGUGGCAGUCCUUUCACAACCACAAGAGUGGUUUUACAAGCUUAUGUUAACCUUAAGAAUUGUUCAGGAGUUUUAAACUGAUUCAGAUGUUUUCAACCUGUUAACGGUAUUCGUAAAACUUGGUUCGGUGAUGUAACGUAAGUGAACUAAACCAAAGAUUCAGAUACCUUGGAGGAAAAGAAAUUUUAUUUUAGGGAAUCCUGAGAUAUAUUCUUCUAGGUCUGCUUAUUUUGAAGCCCAUCACAAAACAAAGAGGAUUUUCAGCACUUUGAUUCCAACUCCCCACAGUACUUCACAGCCCCCAGGGUACAAGUCUGACAUGCCUAGCACGUGGGAGCUCCUUUGGUGCAGGGUUUUGCAGUAGUUGUGCAACCGCUUUUCAACAAGACUAUAUGAGAAAAUGCAAACCUUUCCACACAAACCAACAGAAAAAAACUAAUUUGAGGGGGAAUAAAAAGCAAAUGUGGGUUUCAUAUUGCCUCAAACAUUCCAGGCCCCUCAGAUUGGAUAGCUGAGAUCUUGCCGAGAGCUGAGAUCUCGCCGAGAGCUGAGAUUUCGCCCCUCACACACACAGGUACUCUCGGCCCUAGUGGACUUAAAGAUGACCUGUGUGCACACCUUAGGGAAUCCCUGGACACCGGCCGCCCAGGUGUUGCUUCUAAUAUGCAACAGGGUUGGACAGCCGCUGCAGGCUAAUAACUUUCAUAAGGGUUUAUGACUUUUACAAGGAGAUGUUUAUAAUCUUUUACAGUUUUCACUUUUAAAUUUAGAGUAAAAUCAGCCAAAGAAGUCAAAAGAAUGACUUAACAGCACAAUUGGUUGGUUGAGGCUGCCAUUCCAAGAUUGACAACAGAUGGAUUGGCUGAGGUAGUGUUGCAUUUGUGGCAACUGGACGAUAAUUUGACCUUAUAUUUACAGAACUCUUGGUUUUCAGAUGGAGAGGAAUUGCCUUGCCAUUGGCACGUAUCACAUGAGGUGCCCCAAAUAUAAAAUUUAUAUUUUUUAUGACUCAUGGAAGAGUCCAUGACAUAGAGCCGUAUUCUCUAUCUCUCUCUUUCUUUAGGUUACACGUUAGCUUUCGUUAUUUCUUAACUGUACUCAUUAGAAUGAGUUUUUUUUUUCAAGAAAAAAAAAACUUUUUCUCUAACUUGUGAUGGAUUUGCACCUUAGAUCAAUAAAUCCAUAGGAUAUUCGUAAUAACACUCAAAGCAAAUAUAGUUAUAGGUGUUUUGUUUGUUUUAAUUUUUUUUUUUUUGGUUUCCAAAUCACAUUUACUUUGAUUAAAUUGUAUGUUGGUAUCUCCCAAUAAUAGCAAAACUUAACUAUCUAAAUGGCAUCUUUUGACAUUUUAAAAGAGUAAAUACCUGUCAAAUCUUGUAUUUAGGCUGUAACUGAAUAAGAGAAAAACUUACAAUGCCAAAAAUAUGGGCAAAUACAACUUUUUAUGAUUAUUCUUGAAGUUCUUGAUGUGAAAAAUAUGUUGAACAGUUUUUCCAAAAAUAGCACUUCCUUAUUUUUGGUAGCCAUAUCACUUAAAGAGAAGAAAUAAAAUAACUUCAAUCUAAGCUGUGGUUUACUGUCAGCAAAAUAAAAUGUCACAACAGAACCGAUAUCUAAGAAUCAGGAGAUCUCUAUUCUAGCCCCGCUCUCCUCAGCGGAGCUCCUCACCCAGGACGAGUUCCAUGUGUCUGGGUCACGUUCAUCGUUCAUUAGAGAAGUGGUUAGUUAUAUGGAUCUAUCAAGCUCUGUGAGUCCCCUGAAUCCAAAUGGAAAGUCCUCUGCCUCUGAAGAGAUAACUAAGUGUUGCCCUUCACUUUAGAAAUUCUCAUGAUAGUCAUUGCAGCAAAGCACAUACACACACAACCCUAAAGCUGACUGAUCUGCCCAAGUGCUUUAAACUGGCGGAGGUUAACUACUCUUAUUUUGCAGUCUGUACUCAUAAAAAUUAGUGAUCUUGUUAUGUUUCUGGGGAAAAAAAGAUUUUUAAAAAUUUCCUCCAAAGGAAUUAAAAUACCUGUAGAAGCCGUGGCUUGCUUUUGUAACGUGGAAAUCAUCUGACUUGCUGUGACUUACCCAUCCCUCCUUUUGUCAGAGGGAAAUAGCUGCAUCGUGUUCUUUGUUCAUACUGCUUUUAUUCCCUACUUUGAUCCGCUGUAUAUAAACAUACAUUUUUUGUUACUCUCGCUGUGCCAGUUAGAAUUGUAUCUCCCAUAAAGUAUUUCUCCCAUUUAAGUCUGAUUAUGUACACUUUGCCUAGAUCUUUCCAAAAUAAAAAUUUAUGUAAA